AGUCCCCCAUUGCACAAUCAACGUCGCCAUGGAAACGCCGGCAAUCAGAGACACACACCUGCCGGUCGUCAGCACCUGUUCCCAAUACACGAAGAGGCAUAAAAGCCAGGGAACAGGAGAAGAGGGGGAGAUACAACUCCACAUGAAUCGACUGCUAACGUUGUGUGUUUUCUCCCCUCGUAGAGACCGACGGCUGACGACCGGACAUAUUCCACGAGCACCCCGGGAACUCACGAACACAAGGGACGGAACACGGAAGCACCACAUUCUUGGACACACAUUUCAUGCGAUCGUGAUGGAAGAGAUUAUUCGCCGGCUAACGGAGCUCACCGCUCGACAGAUGCAGUUCUCUGAGCAGCUCUCCCGAAGACAGGACGCAACGGAGCAAAUGAUAGCGGCGACCGCGGCAGCGCGAAUCCCAUUACCGGACGCACGGUCGACAGCCCACUUCCAUCUCACCAAGCUCAGCGAUCAGGAUGACGUAGAGGCCUACCUACACAUCUUUGAGGUCAUCGCCACCCGGGAAGCCUGGGACAAGUCGGAAUGGGCCCGGAUACUGGCACCUUUUCUCACCGGCGAAGCCCAACGGGCGUACUACUCCCUCCAAGCUCUGGCCAGUGAGGACUAUGAGGCGCUCAAGAGAGAAAUCCUUGCUCAAGUUGGAUUGUCCCCAGUGACCGCGGCACAACAGUUCCAGGAGUGGAUGUACAACAAGGCUGCGCCUAUCCGAGCCCAAGUAGCCCAGUUGACACGCUUGACCCACCUCUGGCUGCUAACCGGGGAGCCUACAGCCUCCCAAGUCGCUGAGAAGGUGAUGCUCGACCGUCUCCUGCGAGCGCUGCCCCGGCGUCUCCGGGGACCUGUGGGUAUGAGCAACCCUUCCUCCCUCAGAGAACUUGUCGAGUCGGUCGAGUUGGCGGAGGCGUCCAUUGCUCGCGAUGCUGGAGAGAGAGCGAUGACACAGCCCAGGAGGGUGAACCGGCCAUGGCGGCCACCGGAGGGCACCUCUCAGCCAGUAGGCAGACCAGCCGUUUCCUCUCUCCAAGACGAACCAAUGCCGACAGAACCCACGCCUGCAGCACCCAGGGCUUGGCUCGCCGGCUGUGGCGUACAUCGGAGGAUUCCCUCUGGAGCCCCAGAAAGGAGGAUCAGGUUAGACGGCCAAGCGGUCACAGCAGUGUUGGAUUCGGGGAGUUCGGUGACACUGGUGCAAUCUUCAGUCAUCCGACAUCGAGGGAAGAUCAUGAUCCCCAUCACCUGUGUCCAUGGAGACACCCGCAGCGUACCGGCCAGGCGAGUCACCAUCUCUGCUGGACCAGGAGCCUGGCCACUGGAAGUGGGGAUCGUGGAGGACCUCCCCGUACCAGUACUACUCGGGAGAGACUGGCCGGGUUUUGACCAGCUGCUGACACCCUCGAGAGAACCGGCAGAGAGAGGAAACGGCCGCCGACGACGGAGACCGGCGCGGCCAAGAAACCCCCGACCCGUCAUGCUGGCCACAGAUAGCGAGAGAGAGGGUGAGUGCCGAUCAUCUUCCUCUAAUCUUUUCAAAGAUCUAUUCCAACAGAUAACCACCGGAGGAUCAUUCGGAAGAGAACAGAGAGAGGACGAGCGGUUAAAGAACUGUUGGGGCCAAGUGCGGAUCGUAGAGGAGGACGUCCGCCAGCCAGCCCCACACCCCACCCCUCACUUCGUCAUCAAGAACGGUCUGCUUUACUGCGCUGCCCAGAGGCGGGGGGAGGAAAAACUGCUACUGGUAGUCCCACAGCGAAAGACAACCACCAUUUUGGAACUGGCCCACACCCACCCAAUGGCAGGACACCUGGGAGCCGCCAAUACUGCCCAGCGGAUUCGGGACCGUUUUCACUGGCCAGGACUCGAAGCCGAAGUGAAGCGAUACUGCCAGAGCUGUCCCACCUGCCAGCGGAAGUCCCCAAACCGGCCUCCCCCUAGCCCUCUCAUUCCCCUUCCCAUCAUAGAGGUGCCCUUCAACCGCAUUGGGAUGGAUCUGGUAGGACCGUUGCCGAAGUCUGCCCAGGGCCACGAACACAUCUUGGUCAUCGUAGAUUACGCCACGAGGUAUCCUGAGGCACUACCCCUGCGGAAGGCCACUUCGAAGAACAUCGCUAAGGAACUCUUUCUCCUGUUCAGCCGAGUGGGAAUCCCCUCAGAGAUCGUGACUGACCAGGGGACACCGUUUAUGUCCCGGCUGAUGACCGACCUCUGUCACCUCCUCAAGGUGAAGCAACUCAAGACAUCGGUCUACCAUCCCCAAACCGAUGGACUGGUCGAAAGAUUUAAUCAAACUUUAAAGAGGAUGCUUCGACGUGUGGUGACAGAGGAUGGGCGCGACUGGGACUUAAUGCUGCCGUACGUGCUCUUUGGCUUCCGAGAGGUUCCCCAGGCCUCCACUGGAUUCACGCCAUUUGAACUUCUUUUCGGCAGACAACCCAGGGGUCUGUUAGAUGUGUCUCGAGAGGCCUGGGAACAACAGCCGGCUCCCCAUCGAAGCGUCAUCGAGCACGUGCGGGAGAUGAGGGACAGGAUCGAUCGAGUGAUGCCCCUGGUACGGGAACAUCUGGCCGAAGCCCAGCGCGCCCAAAGACAGCUGUAUGACCGGCCCGCCCAACCUCGGGAGUUUCACCCAGGAGACCGGGUGUUGAUCCUCACGCCAACAGCCACCUCCAAAUUCCUGGCAGCCUGGAAAGGACCAUGUACCAUCAUUGAGAAGGUAGGGCCGGUCAACUAUCGGGUCUGCCAGCCGGGACGACGCCUGGAGGAACAGCUGUAUCAUGUCAACCUACUAAAAAAAUGGAUCGCCCCACCGGAACAAAUGGCUGCCUUCGCCGACAAGGAACCUCCGGUGGUCCAGAUGGGAGAACAGCUGUCCCCCGUGCAGAGGACGGAGCUUGAUUCCCUGGUCAGUCAGUUCCGUGACGUCUUUUGCGAUAAGCCCGGGCAGACCAGGAUCAUAUAUCACGAUAUCCGUACUCCACCAGGCGUUGUGGUCCGGCAACACCCCUACCGGGUCCCGGAAACUCGUCGACUGGCUAUUGAGGAAGAGAUUGCCAGGAUGAGCCCCAUCUUCAUGGUUCCUAAGCCGGAUGGCACUCUCCGCUUCUGCAAUGACUUCCGGAAGCUGAACGAGGUGUCCAGCUUCGACGGGUACCCCAUGCCCCGAGUGGAUGAGCUCUUGGAUAGGCUGGGAAGGGCCCGCUUCAUAUCCACGCUGGACUUGACAAAAGGAUACUGGCAGGUCCCCCUGAGCCCGGAAUCCCAAGAAAAGACUGCCUUCAGCACACCGUCGGGCCAUUGGCAAUACCGGGUGCUGCCGUUCGGGCUCCAUGGGGCGCCUGCCACGUUCCAAAGGAUGAUGGACAUCCUCCUGCGGCCACAUCAGGAAUACGCAGCGGCCUAUAUUGAUGAUUUAGUCAUCCACUCGGAGAGCUGGGGAGAACAUCUUGAUAGAUUGCGGAGAGUGCUCAGGGUCUUUAGGAAAGCAGGACUAACGGCGAACCCAAAGAAGUGCCAGCUGGGUCUCGCCGAGGCACAGUACCUGGGUUUCCGGAUUGGCAGAGGUCUGAUACACCCCCAGAGCAAGAAGGUGGAUGCCAUCCGGAAUGCGCCAAAACCCGCCAACAAAACCCAGGUACGUGCCUUCUUGGGGCUGGCAGGCUACUAUAGGUGUUUCAUUCCGAAUUUCUCUUCUCUAGCCAGUCCCCUGACCGACCUGACCAAAAAGGGGCAGCCCGAAAAGACGAAGUGGACCCCAGAGACAGAGACCGCCUUUCAGAGGCUGAAGCAAGCACUAUCGUCCUCCCCGGUGCUGCACGCCCCAGACUUCGGCUGCCCCUUCAUCCUCCAGACGGAUGCUUCCGACACCGGCCUGGGUGCAGUUCUCUCCCAGAUCCAGGAGGGAGAGGAGCACCCGGUCGUAUUCAUCAGCCGGAAGCUCACCCCUGCCGAGUCCCGAUAUGCCACGGUGGAAAAGGAGGCCCUGGCCAUAAAGUGGGCAGUCCUGGAGCUCCGCUACUACCUGCUAGGACGGAGUUUCUCCUUGGUCACCGAUCACACCCCCUACAAUGGAUGUCCAAAGCGAAGGAGACCAACGCACGAGUGACCAGGUGGUUC